GGAUGCUUCAAAAUAUCCACAAUGCUUCUAAUUCUAAAAGGACCCCUCGGUUAUCUGAACCUAAACCCCCAAAGCGCCACACACAUGGCGGGAGCCACAGGAAGAACCCUCUUCACCCUCUCCUCCUCCUCUCCCCUCACGCGCCUCCUCGCCAAGCGCCUCCCCCUCCGCCUCCGCCCCCUCUGCUCCGUCGCGGCGGCACCAGAAGCCGCCGCCGCGAAGCACUCGGUGCUCCUCGAGAGGCUCCGAGCCCGGCACCUCAGGGACGCCGCGAAAACCGCCCCCGAACCGAGGAAGAGGGCGAAGGGUGGAAGUGGUUCCGUUGCGGAGAAUGAGAGGGUUAAGGAGAAGAAGGUGGUUGCGAGCUUCGAGGAGUUGGGAGUGAGCGAGGAGGUCAUGGGGGCGGUUAGGGAAAUGGGAAUUGAAGUGCCUACGGAGAUUCAGGGUAUUGGUAUCCCCGCCGUUUUGGAGGAGAAGAGCGUUCUUUUGGGGUCUCAUACUGGCUCUGGCAAGACCCUUGCUUACUUUCUUCCCCUUGUUCAGUUGCUAAGACGGGAUGAACAACUGAAUGGAAUACUGUUGAAGCCCAGACGUCCCCGAGCUGUUGUGCUUUGUCCUACAAGGGAGUUGUCUGAGCAGGUUUUUCGAGUUGCAAAGUCUAUAAGCCAUCAUGCACGAUUCAGGUGUACCAUGGUAAGUGGUGGUGGCCGGCUUAGGCCUCAGGAGGAUUCACUUAAUAACCCCAUUGAUAUGGUAGUUGGUACCCCUGGCAGGGUUCUUCAACAUAUCGAGGAGGGAAAUAUGGUAUAUGGUGACAUCAAAUACUUGGUAUUGGAUGAGGCAGACACAAUGUUUGAUCGAGGCUUUGGUCCUGAUAUACGCAAAUUUCUGGGCCCAUUAAAAAACCGCACUUCAAAAGCUGAUGGCCUAGGUUUUCAGACUAUCUUGGUAACUGCAACCAUGACAAAGGCUGUGCAAAAGCUGAUUGAUGAGGAGUUUCAAGGCAUUGUUCAUCUGCGCACAUCAACAUUACAUAAAAAGAUUUCGUCGGCUCGCCAUGAUUUUAUUAAACUUUCAGGUUCUGAGAACAAGCUUGAAGCAUUACUUCAGGUACUAGAGCCAAGCCUAGCAAAAGGCAACAAGGUGAUGGUUUUCUGCAAUACAUUGGACUCAAGUCGUGCUGUGGAUCAUUAUCUUGCUGAAAAUCAGAUUUCUACUGUGAACUACCAUGGGGAGGUACCAGCAGAGCAAAGGGUUGAAAAUCUCAGAAAGUUUAAGAGUGAUGGUGAUGAUUGUCCUACAUUGGUUUGCACGGACUUGGCUGCUAGGGGUCUGGACAUGGAUGUAGAUCAUGUUGUCAUGUUUGACUUCCCCUUGAAUUCCAUUGACUAUCUUCAUCGCACAGGCAGAACUGCUCGCAUGGGUGCAAAAGGGAAGGUAACAAGUUUGGUUGCUAAAAAGGACUUGGAUUUGGCCAGAAAAAUAGAGGAAGCAAUAAAGAAGAAUGAGAGUUUGGAGGCUAUAACAAAAGAUAGUGUGCGAAGGGACGCAAGGACACAAAGCACUGAGCAGAAGGGAAAGAGCAAAAGAUUGGUUAAAGUUUCAAAAGUUAAGGGAAAAUAUGGUAGUCGUGCCAGUUCAGGGAAUAAUGGGUCAGGUAUGAAAUCUGGUAAAGGGUCACCAUUCAAAUCCAUGAAGAAAGGGAUUAACGUUUCAAAAUCUGUAAAAUCUUCCAGUGCAAGUAGCGUGAGAAAAGCUUCAGAGAAUAAGCAAACAAGUAAAAUGGUCAGUGCCACUAAAUCUACAAACUCUAAACUCAAUGUUGUGGGGUUUAGGGGGAAAAAUUCAUCAAAUAAUAAUUCGGUUAUGUGAAGUGGUGGAUUGUGGGUCAUAUUGUAUUUGUACCGUGUAGGAAGUAAAUGGCUCUCACUUUUUGUAAUAGAUAAGCUUUUUUUUUUUUUUUUUUUGGUAG